AUGCCUCUCGUCACCACCAACGAAUUCAACGAGGACACUCGUGUCCUCGGCUACGAUCCUCUGCUGCCGCCGCAGUACUUGCAGACUGAGAUCCCCGCGCCCGACCGUGCUAUGAAGACCGUCCGCGCUGGUCGCAAUGAAGCCGUCGAGAUCAUUGAACAGCGUGACGACCGUCUCCUGGUCGUCGUUGGACCCUGCUCCAUCCACGACCCGGACACUGCUCUCGAGUACGCCCGGCGCCUGAAGGAGGUCUCCACCAAACUGUCCAAGGACCUCUUAAUUAUCAUGCGCGCCUACCUGGAGAAGCCCCGUACCACCGUCGGCUGGAAGGGUCUCAUCAACGACCCGGACAUGGACGAGUCUUACCAGAUCAACAAGGGUCUGCGCGUGUCGCGCAAACUCUACGUUGACCUGACUAGCACCGGCCUCCCCAUCGCCAGCGAGAUGCUGGAUACCAUCUCCCCACAGUACCUGGCCGAUCUGAUCUCCCUCGGCGCCAUCGGCGCUCGCACCACCGAAUCCCAGCUGCACCGCGAGCUGGCUUCCGGUCUGUCCUUCCCCAUUGGUUUCAAGAACGGAACCGACGGUGGUCUCACCGUUUCCAUUGACGCCAUCGGCGCCGCUGCUCACCCUCACCGCUUCCUCGGUGUCACCAAGCAAGGUCUGGCUGCCAUUACCAAGACUGCCGGUAACGAGCACGGCUUCGUCAUCCUGCGCGGUGGCACCAAGGGCACCAACUACGAUCGCGAGAGCAUCCGCGGUGCCCGUGAGGCCCUGCGCGCCAAGAAGCAGCGUGAGGUCGUCAUGGUUGACUGCUCGCACGGUAACUCGAAGAAGAACCACCUCAACCAGCCCCUCGUCGCUAAGGAGGUCGCUGAUCAGCUGCGCGAGGGUGAGUCUGGUAUCAUCGGUGUUAUGAUCGAGUCCAACAUCUACGAGGGUAACCAGAAGGUUCCCCCAGAGGGACCCUCCCACCUGCUGAAGGGUGUCAGUAUCACUGACGCCUGCAUCAACUGGGAGAUGACCGUCGAGACUCUGGAGGAUUUGGCUGACGGUGUUCGCGCCCGUCGCAUUCUCCAAAAAUCCAAGUCCAAUGGUGCCAAUGGUUCGCACUAG